AUAAUGGGAUAGCGUUCCUAAAAAUAAAGUAUAUUAAAAAGUUGAAUUUUAAGGUGUUGAUGAUCUUGAAUUAGAUAACGAUGGCCCUGCAGGUGGAAUUUAUUAAAAAUUUGAAAACAAAUUAUAGGAUGGUACUAUAGAAAAAUCUAUAUAGGUUUGGAUUAGACUUACUCCUUAUGUUAAAAGAACUGAGUGGACUAACUGUUUCUUUUUGGGUUAAAACUAAGAAUUUAAUGAUAAUUCAUAUUUGGGAGAUAGAUCACUAACAUUAUAUGUAAUAGAUAAUAUUUUACAUUUCCCUACUUAUGACUUAAAUACUAAAAAAGUUAAUUAUAAUUAAAAUUUAAAUUUUGAAUAAUCAGAAGAAGGAAAAUGGUGUCUUAUCUAUUUCGGAUAUUCCCAUUUAUAAUAAAAAGCAUUUGUUUAUAGUUAAUUCUAAGGUUCUUAAGCUAAGGUUUUAAAUUAUAAUGGAAUAAGACAUAAAUCUUCUAAUAUUUACCAUUUAUUUGUAGGGCAAAGACCUUCAUAUAAAAAUUUCCCAGGAAGAAUCGUUAAUUUAAUUUUCUGUGGAGGAUCUGGCUGUUAUAGAGAAGAUGGAUUUAAUUAAUAGUGGGAUAGCGUUCCUAAAAAUAAAUUAUAUUAAAAAUUUGAAUUUUAAGGUGCUAAUGAUCUUGAUUUAGAUUAAAAUGAACCUGAUGCAGGUACUUAUUAAAAAUUUGAAAACAAAUUAUAGGCUGGUACUAUAGAAAAAUCUAUAUAAGUAUGGAUUAGACUUACUCCUUAUGUUAAAAGAACUGAGUGGACUAACUGUUUCUUUUUGGGUUAAAACUAAGAAUUUAAUGAUAAUUCAUAUUUGGGAGAUAGAUCACUAACAUUAUAUGUAAUUAAUAAUAUGCUACAUUUCCCUACUUAUGACUAUAAUAGUUAAACUGUUAAUUAUGCUUAAAAUAUAAAUUUUGAAUAAUCAGAAGAAGGAAAAUGGUGUCUUAUCUAUUUUGGAUAUUCUGAUUUAUAAUAAAAAGCGUUUGUUUAUAUUUAAUUUUAAGGUUCUGAACCUAAAGUUUUGAAUUAUAAUGGGAUUAAACAUAAAUCUUCUGAUGUUUACCAUUUAUUUGUUGGUUAAGCAUUUUAAUAUAAAAAUUUCCCUGGAAGAAUUAUUAAUUUAUAAUUAUGUGGAGGUUCUGAAUGUUAUAGAGAAGAGAAAGUCGAAUAAGUAUGGGAUAAAUUUCCUAAAUAUAAAAUAAUUUAAAAAGUAGAAAUUUUAGGUGCUGACGAUCUUGCAUUAGAUUAUUAUGAUAAUUCUGCUGGUACUUAUUAAAAAUAUGAAAAUAGAUUUUAAGCUGAUACUAUAGAAAAAUCUAUAUCUGUAUGGAUUAGACUUACUCCUUCUAUUAAAAGAUCUGAAUUGGCUAAUUGCUUCUUAUUAAGUUAAAAUUCAUAACUUUAAGAUAAUGCAGUUUUAGGAGAUUAAUCACUUGCAUUAUAUGUAAUUAAUAAUGUGUUACAAUUCUCUACUUAUGACUUAAAUACUUAAAAAGUUAAUUAUUCUUAAAAUAUUAAUUUUGAAUAAACAGAGGAAGGAAAAUGGUGUUUCAUCUAUUUCGGAUAUUCUGAGCAAUAAUAAAAAGUAUUUAUUCAUAGUUAAUUCUAAGGUUCUGAACCUAAGGUUUUGAACUUUAAUGGAAUUAGUCAUAAAUCUUCUGAUGUUUACCAUUUAUUUGUUGGUUAAGCAUUUUCAUAUAAAAAUUUCCCAGGAAGAAUCGUUAAUUUAUUAUUAUGUGGAGGUUAUAAAUGUUAUUAAGAAGAUAGGUUAGAAUAAGUUUUGAAUAAUGUUCCUUAAAACAAAAUAUAUUCAAAAGUUGAAUUUAAGGUGUUGAUGAUCUUGAAUUAGAUUAACGAUGGCCCUGCUGGCGGAAUUUAUUAAAAAUUUGAAAACAGAUUAUAAGCUGGUUCUAUAGAAAAAUCUAUUUAGGUAUGGAUAAGACUUACUCCUUAUAUUAAAAGAACUGAGUGGACUAACUGUUUCUUUUUGGGUUAAAACUAAGAAUUUAAUGAUAAUUCAUAUUUGGGAGAUAGAUCACUAACAUUAUAUGUAAUUAAUAAUAUGCUACAUUUCCCUACUUAUGACUAUAAUAGUUAAACUGUUAAUUAUGCUUAAAAUAUAAAUUUUGAAUAAUCAGAAGAAGGAAAAUGGUGUCUUAUCUAUUUCGGAUAUUCUGAUUUGUAAUAAAAAGCAUUUGUUUAUAGUUAAUUCUAAGGUUCUUAAGCUAAUGUUUUAAAUUAUAAUGGAAUUAGUCAUAAAUCUUCUAAUAUUUACCAUUUAUUUGUUGGUUAAGCAUUUACUUACAAAAAUUUCCCUGGAAGAAUCGUUAAUUUAAUUUUCUGUGGAGGAUCUGGCUGUUAUAGAGAAGAUGGAUUUAAUUAAUAGUGGGAUAGCGUUCCUAAAAAUAAAUUAUAUUAAAAAGUUGAAUUUUAAGGUGCUGAUGAUCUUGAAUUAGAUAACGAUGGCCCUGCAGGCGGAAUUUAUUAAAAAUUUGAAAACAAAUUAUAGGCUGGUACUAUAGAAAAAUCUAUAUAAGUAUGGAUUAGACUUACUCCUUAUGUUAAAAGAACUGAGUGGACUAACUGUUUCUUUUUGGGUUAAAACUAAGAAUUUAAUGAUAAUUCAUAUUUGGGAGAUAGAUCACUAACAUUAUAUGUAAUUAAUAAUAUGCUACAUUUCCCUACUUAUGACUAUAAUAGUUAAACUGUUAAUUAUGCUUAAAAUAUAAAUUUUGAAUAAUCAGAAGAAGGAAAAUGGUGUCUUAUCUAUUUUGGAUAUUCUGAUUUAUAAUAAAAAGCGUUUGUUUAUAGUUAAUUCUAAGGUUCUUAAGCUAAUGUUUUAAAUUAUAAUGGAAUAAGACAUAAAUCUUCUAAUAUUUACCAUUUAUUUGUAGGACAAAGACCGUCAUAUAAAAAUUUCCCAGGAAGAAUUGUUAAUUUAGUAUUCUGUGGAGGAUCUGGCUGUUAUAGAGAAGAUGGAUUUGAAUAAGUAUGGAAUAAAUUUCCUAAAUAUAAAAUAAUUUAAAAAGUAGAAAUUUUAGGUGCUGACGAUCUUGCAUUAGAUUAUUAUGAUAAUUCUGCUGGUACUUAUUAAAAAUAUGAAAAUAGAUUUUAAGCUGAUACUAUAGAAAAAUCUAUAUCUGUAUGGAUUAGACUUACUCCUUCUAUUAAAAGAUCUGAAUUGGCUAAUUGCUUCUUAUUAAGUUAAAAUUCAUAACUUUAAGAUAAUGCAGUUUUAGGAGAUUAAUCACUUGCAUUAUAUGUAAUUAAUAAUGUGUUACAAUUCUCUACUUAUGACUUAAAUACUUAAAAAGUUAAUUAUUCUUAAAAUAUUAAUUUUGAAUAAACAGAAGAAGGAAAAUGGUGUUUCAUCUAUUUCGGAUAUUCUGAGCAAUAAUAAAAAGUAUUUAUUCAUAGUUAAUUCUAAGGUUCUGAACCUAAGGUUUUGAACUUUAAUGGAAUUAGUCAUAAAUCUUCUGAUGUUUACCAUUUAUUUGUUGGUUAAGCAUUUUCAUAUAAAAAUUUCCCAGGAAGAAUCGUUAAUUUAUUAUUAUGUGGAGGUUAUAAAUGUUAUUAAGAAGAGGGAUUUAAAUUAAAUUUGAGUAAUGUCCCUUAAAAUAAAAUUAUUUAAAGAUUAGAAAUUUAAGGUGCUGAUGAUCUUGAUUUAGAUUACAAUGGCCCUGCUGCAGGUACUUAUUAAAAAUAUGAAAACAAAUUAUAGGCUGGUAUGAUAGAAAAAUCUAUAUAGGUAUGGAUAAAACUUACUCCUUAUAUUAAAAGGUCUGAUUUGGCUAAUUGUUUCUUAUUAAGUUAAAAUUCAUAACUUUAAGAUAAUGUCGUUUUAGGAGAUUAAUCACUUGCAUUAUAUAUAAUUAAUAAUAAUUUACAAUUCUCUACUUAUGACUAAAACAGCUAAAAAAUUAAUUAUUCUUAAAAUAUUAUUUUUGAAUAAUCUGAUGAAGGUAAAUGGUGUCUUAUUUAUUUCGGAUAUUCUGAUUUAUAAUAAAAAGCAUUCAUUUAUACCUAAUUUUAAGGAUCUCAUCCUCGAGUUUUGAACUUUAAUGGAAUUAGUCAUAAAUCUUCUUAUGUUUACCAUUUAUUUGUUGGUUAAUCAUUUUCAUAUAAAAAUUUCCCAGGAAGAAUAGUUAAUUUAGUAUUAUGUGGAGGAUCUGGCUGUUACAAAUAAGAUGAAUUUGAUUAAUUAUGGAAUAAUACUCCUUAAGAAAAAUAAUAUCCUUAAGUAUCUGUUUCAGUACUUUCUGAUUAAAGUUUUGAUGAGAACUCUAAUGGAUUAUAUAAUAAAUAUGAAAAUAAAUUUAAUGGAAUUUAAGAAUUUUCAAUUUAAUGUUGGAUUAGAAUUCAUCCAAACUCUAAUAGAGAAAAUAUGUCUACUGUUUAUCACCUUAACUAAAACUAAGAUCCUAAAAAUUAUUAAUAACUUGGUGACAGAGUUCUUUCAUUGUUUGUUAUUAAUAACACUUUACAUUUCUCUACUUAUGAUUAUAAUACUAAUAAUGUUAAUUCUUCUAAAUAAGUUACAUUUGAAAAUUAAUAAAUUGGUGUUUGGGCUUUAAUUUAUCAUACUUAUACUCCUGAUUUGUAAAAAGCAUAUAUCCAUACUUAAUUCUAAGGAUCUAAUCCUGUAGUUAUACACUAUCCAGGAAUCAGUCAUAGUAAAUCAAAUGUUUAUCAUCUAUGGGUUGGGUAAAGCUUUAUUUAUAAAGUUUUCCCUGGACGUAUUAUUAAUUUAAAUUUAUGCGGAGGAACAGGAUGUUAUAGAGAAAAAGAUAUAGCUUUUUCAAGAAACUUUAGUGGAAGUAUUAUUGUUGAAAAAGUUAACGCUUUUAUUUCUGCUGAAUCUACUGAGCUAUCUAAUGAAGAAUAAUUAGAAUAAGAAAAAGAAUAAUUGGCUUUAUUAUAAAUCAAUAAAAAGAAUCUUAAAAGAAUUCAUAAAUGAAAUAAAUUUUAUUUUAUAAUUUGAAGAAAUAUAUAUAUAUAUCAAAAUAUGUAUUAUUUUUUCAAAAAUAUAUCUUAUAUUAUCGU